UGCAGAGUCGUCCAGCCUUUAUCCUGAACUGAUAGCUAACAAAUUAGGACCGCCAGCGAACGUAUUCAGCUGCUAUCAUCGCGACGACGUGCGGACGACUGUCGAUACCCAUUCUUCCAGCAGCCAGGCACUUGAAAACUUACUAAUCCCAGACAUUCACAGCGCCUUGAACUAAGCACCCGAGAUGGCUCUUGACGCGGGCGUCAUAUCGAUGACAAUUGAGUUCGCCAAGGACCUAAAGGACGUCGAGUGGUUUGGCAGGAUGGACCCCUACUGCAUCGUACGAAUCGGCAACCAGCGCUUCCGCACGCGCACCGCGGAGGACGCGGGCCGUGACCCGGUGUGGAACGAGACUUUCCAGGCCAACAUAGUGAGCGAGAACGAUGUGGAGGUGGAAAUCAAGGAUAACAACGUGGGCCUGGAUGAUACCAUCGGCAUCGCCUCCUUCAACCUCGGCCGAGCCCGGGAGUACGGCAACGACCGGCUGGAGGUGCCCGUCCUCAGCCCCCGGCACCGCACCCAGCACGGCUACCUCUCCGUAUCCCUCAACUGGCAGCCGCAGCCAGCGGGAUACGUGCCCCAGACAGCAGGCAUGUACGGCACGGAGAUGUACGGCAUGCAGCAGCAGCCCAUGGGCUACAUGCCACCCAUGCCGCAGCCGCAGCCUGGGUACUAUGAGGGCGGCAUGGCGCCGCCGCCGGCCGUGUACUACCCGCCGGCUGCUGGCCCGCAGGUCGUGGAGGAGGUCACGGUGAUAGAGGAGUAUCCGGCCCAGCACCACCACCACCACCACCACCAUCACCGCGAGCCGGAGGUGAUUGAGGAGGUGAUUUACGAGAGGUACUGAGGUCUGUGGGAUCGAGUUGGUUUGGGGCUUGGGGUCGCUGAUUUGCUUAUGGCAUGCCGUACCACUUUCCCUGGUUGUAAGAUGUGUUUUUGCGGAACGUUGUGCUCUUGUUGUCUAAGCCGUGAGUAGGGAAGGCGUUGGGUAGCAUGUUUUGUUACGGUAUGCAGGAACGGAAACCUGGGGGGAUGCUGCUUAUGCGGCCACUUCACCCAUGCAGCGUGGUAGGCGGGUAGGCAUGUCGAGUCACACCAAUGGGG